AUAUACUUUUAGGUACAUAAAUGUAAUGUUCCAUUGUUGUAAUUGUGUUUUUGUGUUCAGCUUGACUGGUAGUUAGAAUCAGGACCAUCUUCAGAAGUGUAAUCAAUUGUAGAGGCUAAAAAUGCCGUGUAAUAAUUCAGUGGACGAGAGUUAUCCUCCUUCCCCUCCGGAUUAUGUGAGAGGUUGUAAACGGCUGUCAUGGGGAAAUUUGGAGCAGAGACUGACUGAAAUCAAGAUUAGUCAGAGUCUAACGUCAGAUCAAUAUAGUAUGAAUGAAAAUGGAUCGGUUUCAGACAUGUCCCUGACAUCAGAAAGCAGCAUGUUCUGUGAGCCACUGGAGGAGACGCUGUGUGCACAGGUCGUCGAGACCAUAGCUCAGAAGCUUACUGACCCUUCUGACAAUGUGCUGAGGUGCUCCAAGAUCAUUCUACCAGACCUUCUUCUUCAAAAUAUUAGACAGAAACUUCUCCACUUGGCUGCUGCUGAGCCUUGCGGCCUACGGGGGGCGCUCAUUGACCUGUGUUUGGCACAGGGGGACCAGAAAAGUCUGUGUAGUGUUGACCGGUUAGCUGUUGAGCCUAGCUUGGUACCUACCUUCCAUCUUACUCUGGUUCUCCGGCCAGAUACUGGGGGACUGUGGCCCAAGUUUCAAAAACUUUUUAGGGGGAUCUAUUCCCCUCCCAAACAUCGCACGACUAUGAACCAUAGACACUCCCUGAGACUCAGUACUAGCUUUAUGGCUAUCAAAAGAAAGCUGUACAGUUCCGAAGAGUUGCUUGUGGAGGAGUGCUGACUGCCAUUCUUUGCCAAUGGAAUGAUAUUGAGCAUAAUUUGUGUGUGAUUGUUAGUUACAAAUGUUGCGUCAUUUAUGGAUUCAAGUGUUAUACUUGAAAUAUAUUUCCUUCCAUUGUGGGAUAUAAAUGGGUAUGGUCAGCAUAAAGACCUUAUAGGUUACUUUUUACUUGUUUUAAGGAGCUCAUUGCUUGUUUUUUGGUAGCUAUUCUACAUGUUUUCAUUGUACUGAGUACAAUCAACAGUAAGACAAUCUAUUGUUCCAUCUGAAACCAUGCCUUUAACUACAUUGUGAUUUGAUACUUAAAUAUCCAUGUUAAAACCAGGGUUCCUUUUUGUACUUUCACUGAGGUGUAAUAACAGAAUGCACGUUUUCAAGCA